AUGGCUUCAGCUACUGCUUAUGCUUCAUCUUGUUACUGUGCUGUUUUCUCUCCCCAAUGCCUUCCACGGCUGUCUCCUUCAAGAUCAAGAAGAAAAAUCACUGCUACUUUCAAUUUUAGUACCAAUUAUCAGUCUUCUUUCAACAGUUUCAAAUACACCCAUGUACCCUCUUUGCCCUUCUUCCCCACCACUUCUUCCUCCUACUUGUCCUCAGCUCGCAUUGGUUUGACCGCCGUGGCAUCGUCAUCGACGAAGAAUUCAAAUACAAACCCGGCUAAUAAGAAGAAUGAUUCAGAGAAGAAACGAGAAGAAAAGGAAGUGGAGGAGGAGGAGGAAGUAGAAGAGGAGCUUCCAUGGAUACAGGAGAAGGCGAUGGACUUGGUGGAGUUCUCGGGCUCAGUUACACAGGCCAUUCCUGGUCCCAGAGUCGGCCAAAGCUCGUUGCCCUGGAUUCUCGUUAUCCCCUUGGCUUAUGUCGGUAUUUCCUUUGUCAUUGCAUUCGUCAAGACUGUUCGCAAGUUCAAUUCCCCUAAGGAGAAGCGCCGCAAAUUGGAAAGCCAAUCCGCUACCCCGCGCCAUUUCAUUGGGGUGUUGAAUCCUUGUAUUAUUUGCGACUGA